AUGGGAACCUUCAAAACUCGAUUGGAUGAGAGCCUAACCAUGAUGGUUCUCCUUUUUCUUUCUCUCUUAAUUUCUGAUUGCUUUUGCUUUGCCUCUCUGUGGCAAAACCAAACGUACUAUCGCCUCAAGUAGCUUCAUCUCCCCAAACAAUUUUGCCAACUACCCAACUUUCCAUUCCUGAAGGAGUUUUUGGAAUAUCCCACAAAAUAUCAAGGAUCCAAACCAAUAGAGAAAGCAGUUCAAACAACCAUGGCGAUCAAGUUGAGUACAUUUGCUGGUGGCUCGUGGUGGCCAACCAACAGUGAGAAUGUAGAGAAAGUGGUGCCGAAGUUUGAAGGCUUCGAAGAGUUUGGUGGCGACGUCAUGCAUGCUUGUGACUACAAAUCCGGCGAGAGUUAUAGUGGGGAGCGUGUAUUAGUUGUUGGUUGUGGGAAUUCGGGCAUGGAGGUCCCCCUGCAUCAUGUAGAACAUCCCGAAGCCAUCUUCUUCUCCAUAGUUGUCCCCUUGAGAUGCUCUAUAUUGGAAUAA